AAACAGAAGGCCAUGCCGCCAAGACCAUUAUGGCUCAUCAAAGAAGAUGAACUAGAAGAGAAAUUCAUCAAAGGAGGCGGGCCAGGAGGACAAAAGAUUAACAAGUCAAAUAUCAAGGUUCAAAUCACUCACAAGCCAACAGGCAUCGUGGUAAACUCGCAGGAUCUGCGGAGCCAAGAGAAAAACCGAGCGAAAGCUCGCGAGAUUUUGUCGUUGAAAUUGGAGCAGAUGCAAAAUCCAGAGACUUGUAGACUAAACGUCCUUGCCGAAAAGAAAAGAGCAACGAAACGAAACCGAGCCAAAAAGGCCGCGAAGAAACAUAAAAGG